CGGCUUUGUGUAUUAUCUAUGCAAGGGACCUAUAUAAAGGACAUGCCAUUGUGUAAGCACAGAACAGGGAGUGCAAAAAGAAAGAGAAACUUCUCUUUGUUUUGCAUCCUUUUCUCAUCUGGCAUUCAGGACUGCUUCUCCUUCUGGAUUCUGGCAAACCUCAGACAGUGAAUUAUUGAUGGAAAUGAAUGGUGCAGCAGCAGAAACUGAGGGUGCCAAUGUCAACCCUCCCAAAUCAAAGGAGAAGGAGACCCGACUUUUCAAGAGCAAGGCUCCCAAAGCUGGACAGAAUGGAUUUGAUGACAUUCCUGGGAUAGACAGCAUCAGAAAUGUGGAGGUCAUUUGCCCUUGGGAGGCUUUUGGUGACAUGGAGCUCAGCGAUCUGGCCCAAUUUGGAAUCGUUUAGUCAACAAUUGUCCCGAUCACAUAUUUUUCUACCCGGGUUUGAGUCAACUCACCUCAUUUUGAGGAUCUGCCGAUACUGAGUACUGAUCUGACACCUUGGCAAUUAAAUAAUUUAUACCAAAACAUUUUUUGUUUCUUUUGACAAUAUCAUCUUGAUCACUAUCUUGAUUAUUUUGUUGCUUUGAAGCCAUUAAAAAUAAUCUUAAAAACACAAUAGUUUUCCACUUGAAUCUAUCUUUGAAAAAUGCUGUGUAGUACAAUUGACGGUGUCCUUACACAUCUCAUUUUUUUAUGUGUAGCCCUUAAAUAAUAAUAAUGAAAAAUCUUAGAAACCUGAUUUAUUUAUCCACCCAAUUCUGACCUUCCAAAAGUGACGUGAUCAGGCCUGAGUUCCGAUCACGUGAAUGGAUCGGGGACAUCCCUAGCACUAGAACACCCGAUAUAUUUUGUUUGGGACAGAAUCCAUUUGGUGUCCAAUGAACCGAUUCAAAAGGGUUUACUCUGGAUGGCUCUGAUUAAGAGCUAUUCAUUUACUAUAUACUAUGUGGAUCGGCCAUGGCGCAGUUGGUAGCUCGAGUUGUCCUGGGACCGAAGGGUCAGCGAUUCCAAGCUACAACUGCCCAUUUGGGCCGAACCCUAAUAUGCCCCCAAUGGGUUGGCAGCAGUACCAUUGGCAUGUGAAUGUGUGCGUGAAAGGGUAAAUGUGUGCUAAUGUAAAGUGCUUAAGAAGCCAUUUCUGAGGAAUGUGAGCAUUGUCCCUGAUGAGGAUGGCUGAGCAAUUGAGUAGAGAAUGACACCCUCACCAUGAUAUUUACGACAUCAGACUUUGUGCUUUGACCCGGGAAUCAAACGCAUGCUUUCACACAUGCCUCGACCCGGGAAAGUCCCGGACAUAAUACUAAGACGCGACCUGUUAAAUGUCCGUGAAAUCUUCAUAUCAGUCGACCCUGGAAAUUGUUUUCACACACAAUGGCUACCCGUUUAAAUCCCAGGAUUUCAACGGUGUUCAGGCAUAUGUUUUUGCUGUUUGAAUGGACAGGGGCCGGGACUCUAAGUGCAACUAAAACACAAUUUACUGAUGCUGGUUAUGAUCCAUUUGAUUUAUACUUCACUCCUUUAUUUAUGGAGAUCAGCUCAUAUGAUUGUUGAAUGAUUGUCAGCUAAUCUGAAAUGGAGAAAGCUCUUUUAUGGAAGACAAAAAGAAUAACUACAUCCUACAGCUGCACAUUUUAACAAUUCCAUUUUUAGGAAUCUCAGGAAGUCUGUUUUGUGAUUCUGUUUUUCUGUUCAGCCCAUAGCUGCUUGUAAAAGAUUAACACAAAAUAGUGCUGCUUGGCUUUAGCGCAAAUAAGGGUUAUGGAAUUGAGAUAGUGUUCGCUAUCUCUCUGUCAAGCAUUAUCUGUUUUUUUGUUUUUUAAAAAAAUAAACCAAUAUUUAGCUCAUUGCUUGUCACUGACAUUUGGAGGACCAAAUGUGAAAGAAUGAAAUAUUUAAAUACAUUGAAGGAAUCUGACCUUUUAGACAGAUUGCCGGAAUCACGCCAGCGGAACCGCCGGACCCACGCUGGCGCAGAAAUCCCGACAACCCGGCCGAAAGGCCAAACUCCACGCGUUCACCUUAAUCUUAACCCCUUGUACUGACUCCAUUUUGAAAGCUGGAAAAAGGCUUCGAAACACAAGUUGGCAAUUUAUUCAGGUCGACUGCGAACAAACGGCAAGGCAAAACAGCAACAGACCAAG